AUGCCAGAUUUUGAAACUUCAAGAAAUCACCAAGAGGGGGAUGCAACAGAAAGAAGAGGAUCUUCUACCGAAUCUGAAUCCUUUGAUAUUGAAAGCUACCAAAAUUCGGAGGGUGCCCCAAUUGAAAAGAAAUCGCCUCUAGGACAUAAUGUCACUGCACUCUCAACAUUCUACCUUAUAAUUCAAGGUGUUCUAGGCACAGGAAUCUUUGCUACACCGGGAACGGUUUUAAAAUCUAUGGGGUCCAUCGGAGCUACCUAUGUUUUAUGGGUGGUGGGAUUUCUUGUGAUUCUUUUUCAGGUGUUUAUGUACGUUGAAUAUGCUUCAUAUUUUCGUCAUAGAUCUGGUGCGGAGGUUGUUUAUCUAGAACAGGCUUAUCCUAAACCAAAAUAUUUGAUACCAGUUCUCUAUGCGGCAAUGAGUAUUUGUCUUUCGUUCGCAACAUCAUCCGCUAUGGCAUUUUCAACCUAUAUUUUUUCAGCAAGUGGACAUGAUGCCACAGCCUGGGAAUUACGUGGACUUGGUGUUUUGUCACUAUUCCUUGCUGCAGUAAUUACCGCUGCCAACACCAGGGUUGCAAUUAGAAUAAAUAACGUUAUUGGAUUCAUUAAAGUAGGCUUUGUGCUAUUCAUAGCAUUUUCUGGCUUUGCGACGUUGGCCGGAUCCACAAAAACACCGAAAGCUGAAGCUCAAGCAGUUUUUAAAGAUGCAUGGAAGGGAACAACAACGGAUGGAAAUUCCAUUAGUAAUGCCAUUCUCAAGGUGAUCUUCUCUUUUGGCGGAACACCAUAUGCAUUUGGAGUUGUGGCAGAAAGCCAUCCAAAAAACACAAUCAAGACGUACAGUUGGCUAGUUCCUUUAACGUUGUUCUUUAUAUUCAUCUUAUACAUCUUAUGUGUCACCGCAUAUUAUGCAGGAGUGGCUAACAUUGAACAAAUAAAAAGCAGUGGAAAUUUAUUGGCCGCAACUUACUUCGAGAAGAUAUUCGGUACCGAGGCUGCCGUUAAGGCUGUCUCAUCAUUUGUUGCAAUAUCAGCAUUUGGACAUCUUUUAACUGUGUAUAUAUCUCACUCUAGGGCUCUUCGGGAAUGUGGCCGUCAAGGAGUGCUUCCAUAUCCAAGGCUAUGGACCAGCAUCAAGCCAUUCAAAACUCCUUUGUUUCCAAUAUUCGUCACUUUUCUUGUUAACUUAAUCGUUUUAUUGGCCCCUCCACCUGGAGACGCUUACAAUCUUGUUGUGGAUAUGGGAUCAUAUUCCAACUAUAUCUUUGAUGUUCUGUUGGCGGUUGGUUUGUUCAAACUAAGACGACAGAGAAAAAGAAAAGGCUUGGGCUACCUUGAAUUUCACUGCCCCACAGCUCUCUUAGUGAUCGUCGUACUCUUUGCAAUAUUUGUCAUAGUUAUGGCAUUCGUUCCCCCGGAAGGUACCCUUAUUGGAAGCGAUGUGUCGUUUUUCUAUGCAGUGUAUCCACUUACUACCAUUGGAAUAUUCGCUCUUUGUAUUGGAUAUUAUAUUGUUUGGGCUUAUAUUCUUCCAAGAGUAUUCAAAUACAAGCACCGUAUUAUUCCGUUCAAGUUAAUCAAUGGAGAACUGGGCCAUAAGAUAAUUAAGGUUCCGGUGAAGGAUGCCAAGAAAUGGGAUGCAGUACACAAAACUGCACGCCAAACAACGUUGUAUGGAAGUGGAGAUGAUCAGGAUGCAAAUUCUGAUGGGGACAAUCACAUUCGUACUGACACAGAAAUAGAACGUAACAUUUACACCAUCGACACUGGUUCCUCAUCAAAGAAAAAUGCCAGCUGA